CGUUCUCUCGUCGUCAUCAUCGUCGCUCGCACCACUCGUCGUCGGUGUCCGGAACACAGGCGCAACCACAUCUCAUUCGCCCCGGGCCACAAAAAAAUCACAAACGUCGGGCAAGUCGGGUUGCCGUCGCCUUUUUGGAUACGAAACCGAAACUCUUUUUACCUGGCUCCGGCUCCGGCUCCGUGUUACCUGUUCGCGUGUGCCGAUCCAUCGGAAUAAUCACCCAAAAAAGGAAGAAUCAUCGCGUAGAACGUAGAAGCAGUGUGUGUGCCAAUCUCUAACUAAACUGAAACUGAAUACAAGCAGUACCAGUGCCUUAAACGAGUUUCUAGAAAUUCAGAUUCAUUCAGAGAUCUCAACCCGAGAAUACAAUCCAAAAUACUCUUUGCUCAAUGCCCGAGACAAGGCAAAGGCAACGUAAAUUUCAAUAUUUUUGAGUUUUUCCUUCCACACCCCCCACCCACACACCCACCCACCCCGUCUCGAGUGUGUGUUUGCCGGGGUUUUGUAAGCCAAAUAUAUGGUAAUGGCAGAGAUUGGUGGCCAUUUGGCUCACCAGCUACCAUUGCACAAUCACAACCACAAUCAAACUGGAUUACAGCCGUCGCUGGUGAUGAACCAUCACCUGGACUUGGAUUGUCAUGGGCAUGAUGUGAUAAAAAAACAACGUUUAUCGCAUUGCGUUGGCUGUGGCGGCCAGAUCCACGAUCAGUAUAUAUUGCGCGUGGCACCCGAUCUGGAGUGGCAUGCGGCGUGCUUGAAGUGCCAGGAAUGCAGGCAGUUUCUGGACGAAAGCUGUACGUGCUUUGUGCGUGACGGCAAAACCUAUUGCAAGCGUGAUUAUGUUAGGUUAUUUGGUACAAAAUGUGAUAAAUGCGGUAACUCCUUCAGCAAAAAUGAUUUUGUGAUGCGGGCCAAAACGAAAAUCUUUCACAUUGAGUGUUUUCGCUGUUCGGCGUGUGCGCGACAAUUACUGCCAGGCGAUGAAUUUGCGUUACGUGAUGCUGGGGCCCUGUAUUGCAAGGAGGAUCACGACGUGCUGGAGAAAUCAUCGCAGAGCAGUCUCACCUCCUCCUCGGUGGAGAGCAACAACAAUAUUAGCAGUAGUAACAAUAACAACACCAACCUUAGCAAUAACAACCAUUCCAGCGAAUUGGGUUCAAUGUCAGAUUCUGGCAGCGAAUCGGGCUCACAUAAAAGUAUUAGGGAAAAACGACCCUCGGGUCCAUCGGAUGGCAAGCCAACGCGAGUUCGGACCGUGCUCAAUGAAAAACAACUGCAUACACUGAGAACCUGCUACAAUGCUAAUCCGCGACCUGAUGCGCUCAUGAAGGAGCAACUGGUUGAGAUGACAAGCCUCUCGCCGAGAGUCAUACGGGUCUGGUUCCAGAACAAGCGCUGCAAGGACAAGAAGAAGACCAUCCAAAUGAAGCUGCAAAUGCAACAGGAGAAGGAGGGUCGCAAACUCGGCUACGGCGCCAUGCAGGGCAUCCCGAUGAUCGCCAGCUCGCCGGUGCGCCACGACUCGCCGCUCAAUCUGCAGGGUCUGGACGUGCAGACAUAUCAACCGCCGUGGAAAGCCUUAAGCGAUUUUGCCCUGCACGCCGAUCUCGACAGCAAUGGAGCAAUCAAUACGCACACACCUGCAUUUCAGCAGCUGGUCAAUCAGAUGCAUGGGUACGAUCUGAAUGGAAUGCCAGUGCUGCCGCCACAUCCGCCACAGGGACCACACCCACCGCCGCCGGGCCAGCAAAUGAACGGGCCGCCCGGCGGCAGCAGCAUGGACUCGGGCAUCACCUCGCACCACCAUCCGGAUAGCACGGACUCGUAUGUCACCUACCUGGAGAGCGAUGACAAAUCCAAACUGGCGCUGACACCGUCAUCCUCGUCAUCGGCAUCGGCUGCCACAUCGAUCUCCUCGCCGCCAUCGUCCACGUCGGCGGCCACUGGCGGCGUCGGCGGCGUCGGCGUCGGCAUCGGUGGCGGUGGCAGUGGAGUUGUGGGUGUUGUUGGCGUAGGAGUCGGCAUGGGCGUGGGCAUGGGCAUGGGCAUGGGCAUGGGCGGGGUCGGUGUUGGUGGUGCCGCCAAUCAGUCGGCCACCGAGCAGCUUAUGCAAAUGCUCCAAAAAGUGACUGGCUCCGGCGGUGCCCCGGCAUCCCAUGCGGUGCUUUGAGCUCUGGCAAGGGGCAAGGGGCGUGCCGCAGACAUCCAUGACGCAGGCUCCUGCUGAUGCAACAGACAGAGAGAGAAAGAGAGAGAGAGAAAGAUAGUGGAGGAAGCAGAGAAGAGCUCACGGGCUUUUUUGGGUUUUGUGCAAUUUCCGCGGCUCGGUUUGGGGCUUUUCCCCCUCCUCCGUUUCCCGUUUUCCCCUGUUCAAUUUUUGUAAACUAUGAUUUGUAUUUUGUAACUUUAUUUUAUUCUGUUUGAUUCGGUGCCAAAAAAUAGUCUGUAGGCCGUUGGCAUUUCGCUGGCUAAAGGGAGGAUUAUCAUAUCUGGUUCUGGCUUUGGCUUUGGCUUUGGCUUUGGCUCAGUUUUGACCCUUUUUUUUUUGUUAUGUAAUAUACAGUUUUGUUGUUGAGUUCCGUGUCAAAAUUCAAUUAAAACAAAAAUGCUCACACACUUGAAAAGUUUUAACAAUAAUUUUUGCAUUAACAAAACGAAAAAGAAACUCGAAAAAACCACACACAAAAAAUAUUAUUGAUAAACGAAAAACAAGUUACUGCGC